CUGGCGGACGGCCCGCCCGGGCGCCUGAGCGCUCGCUCCGCCGGCCGCGGCGGCCGCCUGCGCGACGCCCUCGGCCCCGCGCCCGUCGAGGAGGACAACAGCACCGUCAAGCAGGUGAUCAAGAUGCUGGUGGCCGUGGUGGUGCUGUUCGUGGUGUGCUGGGCGCCGCUGCUGGUGCUGAACGUGCUCCGCGCGUACGGAGUGGUGCCGGCCAACGCCCCCGGCGCGCCAAAGCACGCCGCCACCGCCUUCCACCUCAUGGCCUACUUCAACAGCUGCAUCAAUCCUUUGGUUGUACGGCUUCAUGUCGCGCAACUUCCGGGAGAGCUUCCGCAAGGCGCUGUGCCGCUGCUGGCGCCGACGCGGCCGCCUCGGCUUCGGCACCGUCCGCUCUCGCAGACGCGCACCACCUCCGUCCGGUGCCACACGGUGAGCAUUGACGAUGGCGGGGCUGUCUGCGCACAACGGCCAGCAGCAACAGCAGCACAACGCGGGCGGCCGGCGGCGGCGGCGGGGGCGGCGGGGCGGGCGCCCGUGGGCGUCGGCCGCCUCCGCCAACGCCGCACCACCUCCACCACCAGCCGCCCACGGCGGAGAGCGCGCUGCUGGCGUAGCCUCCGCCCUCCGCGCCCCAGGCGGGGGCGCCGGCGCCGGCGCCGCGACGCGCGGGACGCCAGCCGCUGCUGCGCGCAGAGCAUGUAUGCAAUAUUGAAAAUUUACAUUGAAAAACCAGUUGUUACAUUUUCUCAACAUUUUACUUCUCUUUCAAAAACUUCUAAUCAAAUAAAAUACUUCAGUCAAAAUAAUAAUAAA